ACAAAAUUAUGCCUUGAUUGACCAGCCAAUCUUUUUUUUACCAGCCAAUCUCUAUUUAUUCUAUAGUACAGGUGAUAAAAUCUUAUAUUCUUUGAUUUUUUUUAUAGACACCGAAUUCUUCGGAAGAUGAUUGAAAAAG